AACAAUCGGUCACACGUAACCAUGAGUGUGUUAAAAAUAGUGAUCCUUUUCACUAGUUUACUUCACAGCUUAAUUGAAGCUGAAGUUAUUUACAAUGGUAGUUCUACGGCUAAGGACGAUUGGUGGAAACAUACAACAUUCUAUCAGAUUUAUCCUCGAUCCUUCAAAGAUAGUGAUGGCGAUGGACUGGGCGAUUUGAAUGGUAUUAUUAGUAAAUUACAAUAUCUGGUAGAUGCUGGAAUAACGGCUACAUGGCUUUCGCCAAUUUCUAAAUCUCCUGGAGUCGACGCUGGAUAUGAUAUUAGUGAUUUUAGAGAUAUUGAUGAAAAAUUCGGUACCAUGAGUGAUUUCGAUCGGCUUAUUAAGGCAGCCCACGAACUUGGCAUAAAAGUUAUUUUGGACUUUGUUCCGAAUCAUGCCAGCUAUCAACACGUGUGGUUCCAGUUAUCGAAAAACAGAACUAAGGGGUACGAAGACUAUUUCAUUUGGAAAAAGGGCUAUAAUUCAACAACACCUCCUAAUAAUUGGCUGUCUAGAUUCGAUUAUUCCGCCUGGGAAUAUGUAGCCGAGAGAGACGAAUAUUAUUACCAUCAAUUUACCACUUCACAACCUGAUUUGAACUUCAGAAAUCCUAAAGUUGUACAAGAAAUGAAUAACGUGCUGACUUUUUGGUUGGAUAAGGGCGUAGAUGGGUUCAGAAUCGACGCGGUUCGCGCUUUCUUCGAACAUCCUGAUUUCAAAGAUGAACCGCUCGCUGAUGAUUACGAAAACUACAAACCGUAUGAGUACAAUUAUCUCAAUCAUAUUUAUACUACAGAUCAACCGGAAAAUAUAGAAAUGAUUUAUCAGUGGAGGGAAGUUGUUGACAAUUACCAAAAACAGAACGGAGGAGAAACCAGGGUGCUUAUGACCGAAGCAUAUUCAGGAAUUAACAUUAUUAUGCAACAUUACGGUAAUGGAACAGUUGAAGGAGCACAUUUCCCUUUCAAUUUUUUUGUUAUAACCGAAACAAGGUAUGACAGUACUGCCAAUGACAUCAUUUCAGUAAUAAAGAAAUGGUUUCACAAUCUGCCAAGCGGACAUGUAGCUAAUUGGGUGUUGGGAAAUCACGAUAGAGAUAGAGUAGCCACCCGUCUUGGAGUUGAGAAUGCAGACGGAUACAAUAUGCUGGUAGCCCUUCUACCAGGGAUAGCUGUUACUUAUUNUUUAGGAAAUCACGAUAGAGAUAGAGUAGCCACCCGUCUUGGUGUUGAGAAUGUAGAUGGUUACAAUAUGCUGGUAGGCCUUCUACCAGGUAUAGCUGUCACUUACAACGGAGAAGAAAUUGGGAUGGAAAAUGGAGAGAGGGUCGAAGGGAAGCCCUGGACUCUGACUAACGAGGGUCAUUCGACGGAACAAAAACCGAACCGACAGUCCGGGAUUAUGAAAAUGAAGCGG